UUUUAUUAAACAAAUAAAAACUUUCGAUUCGUAUUGACUUUUACGAUACAAUAACUUUUUAACCGCACUUUAACGGUAUCACUGCUCUGAAAUUUGACCGCCAGGUUGAACUUUGUGUCAAUAUAAAAAUGUUAAUUAAUAUGGUUACAAAUACUAUAUACUAUUAGUAAACAAUCAAGUUUGAAAUCAAAAUCACGUGCUAUCUAAUGUUAUUUGUGAAAAAUAAAAUCAGUAGUUUAUCUAUUUUAAAUUUUUCUAAAAUUAGUAACCGCGGUGAAAAAUUGUUAAAAAUCCCUGGGAACUAUACAGCUUUAUAGAAAUUAUAGGUAGAGAAAAAAAUUAAAAAAUUAAAAAUGGCGACAAGGUUCAGUGUUUGCUGCGUUUGUCUAGAGCAUAAAGGAGAAAGAUCAAAGAAGUUAUUAUCAGUUUCUGAACCAAUCCUUCAAAAAAUAAAUGCUUUUAUUAAUUAUAAAUAUGAUCCAAACCUAGAAGCAUAUUCUACUAUGAUUUGCACUAGUUGUCAAAGAAACCUUUAUCUACUUGACGCAGAAAAAAGUAUUGCAAGAAGUUCUUGGUUAUCAAAAGUAUCCAAGAUACACGAAGAAUCAGUAGUCAGGCGUGGUGUCAACAUAGUAGAUUUUGUCCAAUCAGCACAAUCUGAAAUUGUCAAUGACACGAAAGAGAAUUUAUGCCAUCAUUGUUUUGGUAUUAUUGGUAAAAAAUUUUAAUUUCAAAUCACUUACAAAUUUGAUUUACUAAUUUAAAUUAAAUAAUGAUAUCUCUAAA